AUGGCGGACGCGGUGGCGCUGGAGGAGCUCGCCAAGCUCGAGUACCUGUCGCUGGUCUCCAAGGUGUGCACGGAGCUGGACAACCACCUCGGCAUCAACGACAAGGACCUGGCCGAGUUCGUGAUAAACCUUGCAGAGAAAAACACUACGUUUGACACGUUUAAAGCUGUUCUUGUGAAGAAUGGCGCCGAGUUCACUGAUUCCCUUGUUAGUAAUUUGCUACGUCUCAUCCAAACAAUGCGGCCUCCAUCAAAGCCAUCUACUAGCAAAGAGGCAGUUGUCAAGCCCAAAUCGGAGAAAGAAAAGUUGAAGGAAUUGUUUCCAGCUCUUUGCAGGCCAGACAAUCCCAACGUCAGGCAUAUGCUGGAUGAAGACGAUGUGAAAGUAGCAGCUGAUGCACUUAAAGAGCUUGAAGCUCUAAUGCCUAGUGCUGACAGACAAGGCAAGCAAAGGAACAGUGACCACCGGGCAAAGAAAAGGAGGAAGAGCCGAAGCCGCAGCAGGGACAGGAAGCGAAGGCACAGAUCUCGUUCAAGGUCUCGUUCCAGGACUUGGGAGAAGAACAGGGGAAAAUCCAGAUAUCGCUCAAGAAGCAGGAGUCGGAGUCCCAGCAGGGACCAUAGGGAUCGAGAGAAAUACAUCGAGAAGAGCAGUGAUAGAUGGAGAGACAAGCACAUAGACCGUCCACCGCCUGAAGAGCCAUCCAUUGGUGACAUUUACAAUGGCAAAGUGACAAGCAUAAUGCAGUUUGGAUGCUUUGUGCAGCUCGAAGGAUUAAGGAAGCGCUGGGAGGGCUUGGUCCACAUCUCUGAGCUUCGAAGAGAAGGACGGGUUGCCAAUGUUGCUGAUGUUGUGAGCAAAGGACAAAGAGUAAAAGUCAAAGUGUUGUCUUUUACUGGAUCCAAAACCAGCCUGAGCAUGAAGGAUGUUGAUCAAGACACUGGGGAAGACUUGAAUCCGAACCGGAGGAGAAACCUGGUUGGAGAAACCAAUGAAGAAACCUCUAUGAGGAACCCGGACAGACCCAGUCACCUUUCUCUGGUAAAUGCUCCAGAAGUGGAGGAUGAUACCCUUGAAAGGAAACGCCUCACUCGAAUUUCAGACCCAGAGAAAUGGGAAAUAAAACAGAUGAUUGCAGCUAAUGUGCUUUCCAAAGAAGAGUUUCCUGACUUCGAUGAGGAAACUGGGAUCCUUCCUAAAGUUGAUGAUGAAGAAGAUGAGGACCUUGAGAUUGAGCUGGUUGAAGAAGAGCCACCAUUCCUUCGAGGUCAUACCAAGCAAAGCAUGGAUAUGAGUCCCAUCAAAAUAGUAAAGAAUCCAGAUGGAUCCUUGUCCCAGGCUGCAAUGAUGCAGAGUGCAUUAGCUAAAGAAAGACGGGAACUUAAACAAGCCCAAAGAGAGGCAGAGAUGGAUUCCAUCCCAAUGGGACUCAACACGCACUGGGUGGAUCCUCUUCCUGAUGUGGAUGGAAGACAAAUAGCUGCAAACAUGCGAGGUAUUGGGAUGAUGCCUAAUGAUAUUCCAGAAUGGAAGAAACAUGCAUUUGGUGGCAACAAAGCUUCUUACGGUAAAAAGACCCAACUUUCCAUCAUCGAGCAAAGGGAGAGUCUGCCAAUCUUCAGACUAAAGGAGCAGCUGAUACAAGCGGUGCAUGACAACCAGAUUCUGAUCGUUAUUGGAGAGACAGGGUCUGGAAAAACAACACAGAUUACCCAAUACUUGGCUGAGGCAGGGUAUACAUCAAGAGGAAAGAUUGGAUGCACUCAGCCUCGCAGAGUUGCUGCAAUGUCUGUUGCAAAACGAGUCUCGGAGGAAUUUGGCUGCUGUCUGGGACAAGAGGUUGGCUACACUAUUCGGUUUGAAGACUGUACUAGCCCUGAAACAGUCAUCAAAUACAUGACAGAUGGUAUGUUACUGAGGGAAUGCCUUAUAGAUCCUGAUCUGACSCAGUAUGCCAUUAUCAUGCUGGAUGAAGCCCAUGAGAGGACCAUUCAUACAGAUGUUCUCUUUGGACUCCUGAAGAAGACAGUGCAGAAACGGCAGGAUAUGAAGUUGAUAGUGACGUCAGCAACACURGAUGCUGUGAAAUUCUCUCAGUAUUUCUAUGAAGCUCCAAUCUUCACAAUUCCAGGGAGAACAUAUCCAGUAGAAAUUCUGUAUACCAAGGAGCCAGAAACAGAUUAUUUGGAUGCCAGUUUAAUUACAGUAAUGCAGAUCCACUUAACAGAGCCACCAGGUGACAUAUUAGUGUUUCUGACUGGUCAAGAAGAGAUUGACACUGCGUGUGAAAUCCUCUAUGAGAGGAUGAAAUCUCUAGGACCCGAUGUUCCAGAGUUAAUCAUCUUGCCGGUAUAUUCAGCUUUGCCAAGUGAAAUGCAAACCAGGAUCUUUGACCCAGCCCCACCAGGAAGCAGAAAGGUUGUCAUUGCCACUAACAUUGCUGAGACCUCUCUGACUAUUGAUGGAAUAUAUUAUGUAGUUGAUCCGGGCUUUGUGAAGCAGAAAGUUUAUAAUUCCAAAACUGGAAUAGACCAGCUGGUUGUUACACCAAUUUCACAGGCUCAAGCAAAGCAGCGAGCAGGAAGAGCUGGGAGAACAGGACCAGGAAAAUGCUACAGGCUAUACACAGAGCGUGCUUAUCGAGAUGAAAUGCUAACCACCAAUGUGCCUGAAAUCCAGAGAACAAAUCUGGCCAGUACAGUGCUCUCCCUGAAGGCUAUGGGGAUCAAUGAUUUGCUUUCCUUUGACUUUAUGGAUGCUCCCCCUAUGGAAACUCUYAUAACUGCCAUGGAACAACUCUACACCUUGGGAGCCCUGGAUGAUGAAGGGCUGCUCACUCGACUUGGGCGCAGGAUGGCAGAAUUCCCCUUGGAGCCCAUGUUGUGCAAGAUGUUGAUCAUGUCCGUACAUCUGGGAUGCAGUGAGGAAAUGCUAACAAUAGUCUCUAUGCUCUCUGUUCAAAAUGUGUUCUACAGGCCAAAGGAUAAACAAGCUCUUGCUGAUCAAAAGAAAGCCAAGUUCCAUCAGACAGAAGGUGACCAUCUCACUCUACUGGCUGUGUACAAUUCCUGGAAAAAUAACAAGUUUUCAAAUCCCUGGUGCUAUGAAAAUUUUAUCCAGGCUCGGUCCCUACGCAGGGCGCAGGACAUCCGCAAGCAGAUGUUGGGCAUUAUGGACAGACACAAGCUGGAUGUGGUGUCCUGUGGCAAGGCAACAGUUCGAGUCCAGAAGGCCAUUUGUAGCGGCUUCUUCCGAAACGCAGCAAAGAAGGAUCCACAGGAGGGUUAUCGGACACUCAUUGAUCAACAAGUAGUCUAUAUUCACCCAUCCAGUGCCCUUUUCAACCGGCAGCCAGAAUGGGUGGUGUAUCACGAACUGGUGCUAACCACUAAGGAGUAUAUGCGUGAAGUGACCACGAUUGAUCCCCGCUGGCUCGUUGAGUUUGCRCCUGCUUUCUUCAAGGUUUCUGACCCAACCAAGCUGAGCAAACAGAAGAAGCAGCAGCGGCUGGAGCCCCUGUACAAUCGCUACGAGGAGCCCAAUGCUUGGAGGAUCUCGCGUGCGUUCAGACGCCGAUGAGCCUAGUUCUGACACGGACUAUUGUUGGUUGUAUAUUUGUGGGACUGCAAUUUUUGCAUUGUUGAAUAUCUUUUAGGAAGCCUGCAAUUAGCUGUUAACUUGCAAAAUGAAUAGAAAAUAAACGUUUUUAGAGCAAAAGCACAAGGGGGCGUUACUUGCUCACGCCAGCUGCCUCCAAUCUGCAGCUGCCUGACAAAUGUUCCGGGUCUCCUUGGUGUAUUGCAUCAUCUAACAAACAAUUCUCAGAACAUUUCUUAGUCAUUCCCGUUAUAAGAGAGAAUUUUUUAUACAGUGAGCACAACAGCAACAAAAAAUGAUGAUGAAAAAAUGUUUGUUCACCAACCCAAUUGUAUUCUGAAUUACCAGACAGAGUCUGGAGUGGGUUAGAUUUGUUACCUUGCUAAAAAGAAUUAAUUUCAGCUUGUGCUUUUCAACAGUGGUUCUUUUUACACUCUUAAACAUUUUCAUAUCCAUUUGUGCUUUGUUUUUAAAAAAUUAUUUAUUUUUAUGCAAGCCAGGGUAGAAAAGACCUCAGCUACUUUAAUAGAGCAUGUGUUAUACUUGGACAGUGACACAGGUCAGACUGYGAGUCUUAUCCUUCAUCGCCAUCUCCUGUGUGCUGAAGGAUAGUAUAUCAAAUGGUAAUUAACCACAUCCACUGUGUAGCACGGCUCUGUUUAUAAACCUAAGUGGUUACAGAUGGUUAGGCUUUCUACUCAAUAUGUCAUGUUUUAUUUCCACUGGCAAUGAUCAGUGACAUCACAACUGUUGAGGUUUUUGUUUGUUUCUUUCCUUAUACGAAACUUUCUCUUACAGCUAACACUUCAGUAAAACACAGUGAAACAGCUCCGUAUUAAAAACAGAUUGAGUGUGCCCAUGUGCACUGUGUCAUGUGGAAGCUAUCUAUAAAUUCCCCCUCCUUUUUAUUUUUUUUUCUCUUGUUACAAGGAGAACUGAAAUUCUGUAUUUGACUCCAUAGCUGGAGAUGCACUUUUUUGAUUUCUUAAAGCUGGGAUAUUUGCUCRUUACUGUUCAAAAGAGUAGAAUGAAAUUGGCUGGUUUCGUUUUGCAUCUGAGUGUUUUGAAGAAAACUGAAAAAGUGAAAAGUGAUCCACAGUGAAAAGUGGAUACAGUUGAACUCUGUAACUAUGUACACAGGGCAGGGAUGUUGUAUAUACUGUUUUAUUAUGUUAUAAAUACCAGGGGCAAGCUGGUAGCACUGCAUCUUUA